AUUUAAAUAAAUAGAUACAAAAUUAAGAUGAAAUAAUGUUUACAAGCCUUUUUAUUUUCUUUGAGGUAAAUAAGGACAUUUUCUUAAUGGCAUUUUUGGUUGUUUUUACUAAACACCACAAAAAGGAAAUACCAAUACUAGUUCCACUGAAAGUAGAAGUAAAAACCAAGUGGUAAAGUGGUCAAAUAUAUGAUGUAGAAAUAUCUCAAACUAUUCUAAAGUGGUAUAAUUUUUGUGCUGAGCAAAUGUGCACAUUUGUUAUUCUAGCAUUGUUCCUGUGGGGCCUCUUGUUUCAAACCCCUUCAUGUUCAAGUUUCCACCACAGCUACUUGUCCACAAGGGCAAUGUUUGCUACCUCCUCUAUGUGGCUGGAGGACUCCUGAUGACGGUCACUGCCGGUGGUCGGUGUGUGGACGUGGCUGUGAGGACGGCCCAGAACCCCGCUAACCUGCUGCGCCUGUCAAACGCACUCAUCGGGCUCGUGGGCCUCCGAAGACACGUUGCUGACUCUGUAGCAAAAGGGAAACUAAAAAGGCUGUUUUUCACUGACAGUUUCAACAGCCUCCUUGAUAUGACAAGAACAACACUGCAAGGAACUCAUCAUUUCAAGGUUUUAGGCUGGUUUCCUGAGAAGCAAACAAACCUGGACCCUGCUAACUGCAUCUCAGCAAGAAGAUGCAGGAUUUAUUUCAUCCUCAUUUGUGGUGAGAGCAGCUGGCCCGUUCUGACCCUGCGUAUGGGAAACAACAACAACAAGCUGAAAGCGUACAAUCCUUCAAAUCAGCUCCAGUGGUUGAUCAAUUUUAGCAGCGAGGCACGGGCACGAGGAGAUGUGAUUUAUCUUUUACUGGGCGGACAAACCAGACGAAUCUGUACUGGAUCAUCUGACACAAAUGAUGCUACAAAUGACCCUACGAGUCUGACCCUGGGCUUGUCUGCACUGUCCGUAGUCCUCCUAUGGACGUUUCUGCCUCAUAUUGCAGUUUUUGCUGUGAUCUAUUUAGGUUGGAAGCUUCCAACUGGCUCCAGAGCACUGCAGCAAGGCUUCUAACAAGAUCACAAAACCAUAUUAGCUUUUCUCUUGCCUCCCUGCAGUGGCCCACUUGUUAGCUUUAGAAUCAUAUCUACUAUCCUAAUAUUUAUCCACAAAGCACGAUGUGGUCUUUACCAUAAAUAUGUGCUAUGUAUCUGAGCUCCUGUUGCCAUAAAACUGUAGUAAAAACCUGACGUACA